AUGCCCCCAAAUACGGCUCGGGUGUCCGCGGCGCCGCGGCACAGCCUGUACAGCCUGACCGACAGCUCCGACUGCAGUCCGGACAGCGGGGAGGAGGAGGAGGAUGCACAGAGACGCCUCACGCCUCUGGAGAAACUAACUCUGAAAAUGUGCCACGAUGAGAAGACCAUCAAGGAGCUCACAGUGGGCAGGAGGGUGGGCUUCUACAAAGUGUGCGGUGAGAUCGGGUGUGGCAACUUUUCCAAAGUCAAGCUGGCAUUUCAUGCCCUCACCAAAGAUAAGGUCGCUAUCAAAGUGCUGGAUAAAAUGCGUCUGGACCUGCAGACCCAGAGAAUGCUCUCCAGAGAAGUCUCCACCAUGGAGAGCUUGUACCACCCGAACGUGCUGCGUCUCUUCGAGGUAAUCGAGACGCCCGGUCGCUUGUACCUCGUUCUGGAGUACGCCGGAGGAGGAGACCUCCACACCCGAAUCGUCCUGCAGGGAAAACUCUCGGAUCUGGAGAGCAAACUUGUGUUCGCACAGAUCCUGUCUGCUGUAAAGCAUAUGCACGACAACAACAUCAUCCAUCGAGAUCUAAAAGCCGAAAACGUCCUCUACACCCGCAGCAUGUGCGUCAAAGUGGCCGAUUUUGGUUUCAGCACCCGCAUUGCCAGUCACGCUCAGAUGCUGGAGACGUUCUGCGGCUCUCCUCAGUACGCGGCUCCCGAACUCUUCCAGGACCGGUCCUACAUGGGGCCGCCGGUGGACGUCUGGGCUAUGGGCGUGCUGCUCUUCUUCAUGGUGGCCGGCACCGCGCCGUUCCGUGCCGACACCAUACCUAAGCUCCGGCGGUGCGUCCUACAGGGGGCGUACGUCCUUCCCACGUGGGUGUCGGCUCCAUGCCGGCGCCUCAUCCAGGGGAUCCUGAGGCUGGACCCCGCCGAGCGCUGCGCCGUGGAUCAGAUGUGUGGGUGCGAGUGGUUGCUACCGGUGGAGAUUUUGCGUCCCGGUUUGCCCUUGUCUCAGCUCAGCCCGGUGAACCUGCUGACGGGUGGCGCGGGACCGGAGAGGGACGAGGUGCGAGCCGCCCUGCAGGAGCUGGGCGUGACCGAGGAGCACAUCCUUAACAACCAGGGUAAGAAAAUCCGCAGUCCGAUCACUGGUAUGUAUCGCAUCGUGCUGCAUCGGAUCCAGAGGGACAGGGGAUCUGAACGCGUGCCCAUGAUCGCCGGGGUGGUGAAGGACCCGAAACGGGACAGUCUGCGCACCUACAGGAACUUACGCCACACCUCCAAACUGUGUGUCGUUUCCUAAUGAGAGAUCAAGGAUUUCUGCAACUGUUCAGUUUCUGUGACUGAAUGAAAAUGUAAUUUAUGAAUUUUAUGUUUAUUGUGGGUCAAAAAUAUACAUACAGCAACUAAAUUGUUAUUACUGCUUACUACAGACUGUCAAACUACACUAUAUGGACAAAAGUAUCGGGACACCCUGAUUACAUGCUUACAAUGUUGCAGGAACAGUUUAGGGAAGGCCUGUGCACAAAGCGAGCUCUGUAAAGACACGAAGAAAACCUCAGCCCUACUGAACAGCUUUGGAAUGAACCGGAACGUCAACAGUCAUUCUCGAUCAACGUCAGUGCCCAGUCCUAGAAAUGCAGACUGAAUGGGCACAAAUUCCCACAGGCAUACUUCAAGCUCUUGUGAGAAGCCUUCUCUGAAAAUCACGUUUUUGAAAUGGGAUGUCCAACAAGCUCAUGGUCAGGUGUCCAAAUACUUUUGCUGCCGGACAGGAAAAAAGCCCCUGAUUCUUUGUUAUGGUCUGUCGGUUUAACUGUCGGUCUGUCGGUUGGAGGGGGCAGGUUCUAGUCUGCGGCCUUUCUUGGUGCGCGUGUGAGUAAAAGGGAAUUGAAUAUGACCAAAUUGGAAGAAGAUGUAGAAUGUGGAAAUACAUAACUGUGAACAGUGUAACUCGUGUUCAUCGCUCCUAAUACUUCAUUAUUUGAUAGUAAACAUACUAAAAUUAUGAAAAUAGCUUAAAAUAAACCAUAUUAUGAGUUAUUACUGCUAUAAUGAUCAUUUAAAUCAUGGAUCUAUUUGUAUGAAGCUGAUAUUUGUAGAAUAAA